AUGCGCCUAACAAACCCAGUUUCACUUCUCCAACGACAUAUCGGAUCUCCCAAAAUCACCAAAGCCAAUAUCAACAUCAACAAUGCCCCCUACUCCUCCUCCUCAUCAUCCCCCCCCUUCAACCCCGACACAUACCUCGCCUCAGCCCGCCAAAAAAUGAUUUCCCAACCACCCACCACCAUCCGCGACAUCCUCUCACCAACGCCUUCCCACCUCCUAACCCUCUCCCUAGCCGACCACAUUCCCUCUCUCUUCCCACCAGACAUCCUCUCCCGGCCAUUCCUCCCCUCCCCCCACUCCCAUACGCAAAAACAACAGCAACCACCAGCACCAGCACCAGCACCAGCAGCACCCCCCCUCCCACAAGGCUACCACCUAGUCUACUUCCCCCUCCAACUCCCCCCCUCCCAACUCAUGCCCGACGGCACCGACCCAGCCCACUGGCCCGGCCCGCCCUUCGAGCGUCGCAUGUGGGCCGGUGGCGAGGUUAUCUUUCACGAAGGGUGGGAACAAGCCUUGAGGCUGGAUGGGCGCGGGGUUAAGUGUGUGGAGAAGGUGGGUUAUAACGAGAAUGGGGAAGCCGGGGAAGGGGUGGUUUUGAAGGGGGGGAGGGGGGAGGAGAAGGUGUUUGUUGACGUUAGGAGGGGGUAUGGAGUGGAGGAAGGGGGGUCGGUGGUGGAGGAGGUGAGGAGGUUGGUGUUUAUGAGGAAUAGGGGGGAGGGGGAGGGGGUUGUUGUUGGACGGGCUGUGAGGGCCCCUGCCAACCCCGAAUUCACCUUCUCCCUCACCCCCGACGCCACACUGCUCUUCCACUUCAGCGCCCUAACCUACAACGCCCACGCCAUCCACCUGGACCCAGACUACGCCCGCCGCCGCGAAGGCUACCGCGGCCUGCUCGUCCACGGGCCGCUAAGCCUACUCUUCAUGCUGACUGCCGUGCGUACCUGUCUAGCAAAGGUGUCUUCAUCUCUACCCCCUACCACCACAAAUGACGAGAACCAGACAACAACCGCCACUGGCGCGCCAUACGUCAAAUCACUCAGCUACCGUAACAUCUCGCCGCUCUAUGUUGGUGAGAAGAUGACCGUCUGCGUGAAGCGGAAGACGAACUCGGUUCAACCCGGACAGCUUGGAUGGGAUGUGUGGAUUGAAGGGCCCGAGGGCGGGCUUGCUGUGAAGGGGUCUGCAGUAACAACUGCUGCAUAG